ACAAAUAUGGCCUAUAUUGUAUCACAAAUAAUAGUGCCAAUGUUUGGCAGAGAUGUGACAAACUCACCAAAUUAUUAGGAAACACAUGCUGCAACCACAUGCUCACAUCGAUCAUGAAUCAUGAAUUGCUUCUAUAUAUAUAGAGUUAAGCACUUGGUGAGAACACAAAAACAUUGAGCUUCUUUCGAAAAAGAACAGAACACAAAAAAGAGUAGCCAUGGCAAACAAGUUCCAUGUUCGCUCUAACAGUUUUCCUUCUGGAUCUCAUCCUAACAUCAGUAGAGUAGAGGAAGAGUUGAACAAGCUCAAAACUUGGGAAGCCACUUCCACUUCUACAUCAAACUCAAUUGGCACGGGCUUGUCCUUGCUAUCAGAUUUGCAUAUUUGCUUGGAAGAUCUUCUCAACAUGGCUUCAACCCAAAAGCUGAUUUCUAACCAUUAUGGUGAGAAAUCCAUGGAAGAGCUAAUGGAUUGUUCAGUGAGAAUUUUGGAUAUCUGUGGCAUCACAAGAGACACCAUGUUACAAAUUAAGGAAAAUGUUCAAGCCCUUCAUUCUGCUCUAAGAAGGAGGAAGGGGGAUUCAAGCAUUGAAAGAAUUGUAGCCGAAUAUAAUUUCUUCUCAAAGAAGAUGAAGAAGAAUGCCAAGAAGUUGAUCACAACUUUAAAGCAGAUGGAGAACAAAUUUGGAGUAUCCCCAGUGUUGGAGGAAGAUCAACAACUUGUAUCUUUGGUUAGAUUGCUAAGGGAAGUCAUUGUAAUGAACAUGUCUAUCUUCCGAUCCCUGUUAACUUUUUUGACCGUGCCUGCUUCAAAAUCAAAGGCAACCAAAUGGUUAUUGGUGGCAAAAUUAAUGCAGAAGGGAGUGAUAGCAUGUGAAGAGAAGCAGAAGAGUUUGAACGAGUUACGGUGUGUGGAAGCAUCUUUAAGCAGCCUUGUGAGUGAAGGAACCAAUGUUGCAACGAUGAAAGCUGCAAAUGAGAGUUUGGAAGCUUUGGAGAAUGGCAUUGAAAGCAUUGAAAAUGGUUUGGAGAACGUAUUUAGGCGAAUGGUUAAAACAAGAGCCUGCCUUUUAAACAUCAUGACUCAAUAG